AUGGACAGUGCGAUGAAGAGAGGCACCAGGGCGCUAUGGGGUGGCAGUGAGGGGCUAUGGGGCGGGAGUGAGGGGCUAUGGGGCGAAACCGAGGGGCAGCCCCCGCCGUGCCUGGCCGUCUUCGGGGCGGGGGCUGUCUCUCCUUUGCGGGGUCGCCGUGACCUUUGCCCUCUGCCCCCCAGGUCGGCCCCCGCCGCCGCGCCCCCCUCCGCCGCCGGAGGAGAAGGGGGUGGCCCCCCCCCACCGCCCCCCAACCUCACCAGCAACCGGAGGCUGCAGCAGACCCAAGCCCAGGUGGACGAGGUGGUUGACAUCAUGCGGGUGAACGUGGACAAGGUGCUGGAGCGGGACCAGAAGCUGUCGGAGCUGGACGACCGAGCCGACGCCCUGCAGGCCGGCGCCUCCCAGUUCGAGACCAGCGCCGCCAAGCUGAAGCGCAAGUACUGGUGGAAGAACCUCAAGAUGAUGAUUAUCCUGGGGGUGAUAUGCGCCAUCAUCCUGAUCAUUAUCAUUGUUUACUUCAGCACUUAAUGGACCCUCGGAAGCCAAAGCCCCCCCCCCUCCCUCCCUCCCCCCCAAAGGAGCUGCAGCCGGGAGAGGCGCAAGGGGCUGCGACCCCCCCCUCCCAUGAUCUCAGCCAUAUCUUCCAGCCUCCCCCCCCCCCGGUCCCCUUUCCCCCCCCAGGGCCCCCCCGUGGCGUGUGUGCGUGUCUUGCGGUGCGUGUGGCCGUCCUGUAUAUAGGCUGACUUAUUUAUACAUAUAUAUAUAUUCUAUAUUUUGUCUGUUUGUAGAUUUAUUACUAGAUUUCCAGCUGUCAUGGAUCCCCCCCCCGCCCUCCGGUGUUUUCAGUGUCUAGUGUUUUAAUUUAAAUAUUUUAAGGACCAAUCCCCCUUCCCCCCAAAAUAAAAUAGGGGGAACCCCAGAAGCCUGAGAAACUCAGGCACCCACCCCCUGCCCUUUCAGAGCGAGGCCGGGCAGCGCGAGCGCCGGGUGCCCCAGUUUGGCCGUGUCUCAGCGCCUGUAUAAUCAGCCGCCCCGCCCCAGAGGUGGCUGCAUCCCAGCACCCGGGCGAGGGGUCCCUGGGUAACCGGCCGCCCCGCCCCAGAGGUGGCUGCAUCCCAGCACCCGGGCGAGGGGUCCCUGGGUAACCGGC